CAAAUUUUUUAUUUGCGCGGACAAUCGGAAAUCUUCGAGUUUUUGUUGACAUUUAACUGAUUAUUUUACAACUUGAAUGUAAAGAAAAUUACAUUGUUAUAAUUUUAUUUAUCUUUUUAACUAAAAUUGAAAACAAAUUUUGCGUUUCAAGAGAGAACAAUCGUCAUUCUUUUGGUAUCUAUGACGCCAAUCUCCAGAAAUCUCCAGAUUGCGUUCCAGCGCCUCCAGUAAAACCUCUGGUAGAGCCUCCAGUCAAGAAUUUCUUCUGGAGGCGCUGGAACAGGCCCCUAAAGUGACUAACGUUUGUCAAGACUGAGGCUGAGGCGGAGGUGCUGAGGCAAGUCGCCUGAGGGUAGUUAGGCGGCAUUGGCUAAGUUUUGAGAGGAAUCAAAAGGCAAUUGUUUUGGAUUUCGUAUUUUUCGGUUCAGAGAUCAAGAUGGAUCCAAAGCAAUACAUGACAAUAUCGAUGGGGAUAGGAGCAUCCCUUGGGAUUGCCACCCUCAUUCUGAUGUAUAAGGUGGAGCGGCUCUACCGGCUCUGUCUCCAACUGCAGGCCUCCGUCUCGGAGCUGCACGUCCUCGUGGAGGAGUCGCAGGCGAUCGCCGGCGGCCGGCAGACCGGCGAGCUGAAGAAGGCCGUCAGCCGUCUGACUUCCACUACCACGGGCUCGUUCUACGACCCCGACUCGGACCCGUCCGCCGACAUGUGGUCGGCCUCCUCCGAGAAGAAGUUCUACGAGAAGGUGGACCAGUGUAUCGACGAGCACCCGCUGCAGGCCGUCCAGGCGCUGGAGCAGCGCAAGGCCGAGUUCCAGAACCGUGCCGGCUGGCUGUGGAGGAUGGCCAAGGGACACCGAUUGGUGGCCCUGCAGACCAAGGACGCCGAUAAACGCAAGGCAGAGCUCUACAAAGCUAUUGCGUUCGCCGAACGUGCCCUGGCCAAGAAGCCGAGUGCCGAGGCCCAUAAGUGGUAUGGCGUCUCGGUGGGAGCGAGGUCAGAGUUUGGCACCGUCCAGGAGAAAAUCAAGGACGGUUUCACGUUUAAAGAACACAUCGACAAGGCGGUCAAACUGAACCCCAAGGACCCGGUACUGCACCACCUGCUCGGAAGGUUCAACUAUGAGGUGUCGGGCCUGUCGUGGAUCGAGCGGCGGGCUGCAGCGGCGCUGUUCGGCUCCGUGCCUCAGUCCACCACAGAGGAGGCUCUCCAGUGUCUCCUGAAGGCCGAGGAGCUGUCCAAGAAACCCUGGCUGGAGAACCGAUACAUUAUCGCGCGGUGCUACAUCGACGAUAAAAAGUACAAAGACGCCAUCAAGUGGAUUGACAAGGCGGUGAAAUGCGCCGUGACUUCAGAACUGGACGAUGCAAUAAUCAAGGAAGUGAAGACGCUACAGGCCAAGUACGGCUCAUACCGAGCAUGAUUCCCAUCUGCUCGCCUUAGUUCACCCACUGCUGUCAGCGAACUCCUAGGUAUCGGGGGAGCAGCGCUCCGGUUCUGCCUUGGCGUGGUGAUGUUCAGCCAUCAGGACCACGAGAGGUUAGUUAGGUGGAGAGGAGCAGGGCCUAGCGGAUGCCGAACGAACACGAAGGUACCGUACGCUAGUGGUUGAGCACGGCUGGGCAGGUCGCUCAACAUUGGUAGAAAUAUUGUUAUGGCUGCUUCUACACUGCCUUGAGGUCACCGAUGACAAUAUGAGGGUUUAUUGGAUGAAAAAUUAGGUAUAUUCGAGCUUCAUAGAAUGUAGACUUUUUAAUGUUUGUGCUUCAAUCCGAAUCUAGACCCGAUUUCGCAAAGGUCUGAGUGAUACGUGAUAUGCCAUUAUUCCAGUGUUAUUCCAGUGAUAUUUGUUGCAGUUUUGUGUACGCCGCCACUGCUUCGUCAUUAACUGUUCAGGUCUAGUGCAUACAUCAUUAUAUAGUCACAACGAACAAUAUUUUCGAAAUGAAAACGUAACA